UAGAAAAACUUUAAACUUUCAAAGCCAACAAAAGAAACUUGAAGUUUUUGAAGUUUUUGGUGAGGAUGGAAUUCGAUAAGAGAGCUGUGGCGGCGGUGGUGGUGAUUCAGGCCAUUUACGCCGCCAUGUUUCUGCUCUCAAAGGCCGCCUUUGACGGCGGAAUGAACAACUUUGUCUUCGUCUUCUACCGCCAGGCCUUCGCCACCCUCUUCCUCUCUCCCGUAGCUUUUUUCUUCGAAUGGAAAACAGCGCCUCCCCUCUCGUUCCUCACCUUCUGCAAGAUUUUUAUGCUCUCUCUCUUCGGGAUAGCCAUUUGCUUAAAUCUUUAUGGGGUUGCUCUUGUGUACACGUCAGCAACUUUGGCUGCAGCCACUACAAAUUGCCUUCCUGUCAUCACCUUCUUCAUCGCUCUCCUCCUCGGGAUGGAGGUGUUGAGGUUAAAGUCAAUAGCAGGAAUUGCAAAGCUUGCAGGAAUAUUAUUGUGCAUGGGAGGUGUGGGGAUGUUGGCAUUCUACCAAGGCCCUCAAUGGAACUUCUUUAACCAUCACCAUCUCUUCUUGACUCGUAACGAUAACCACCGUUCGGUUACCGCUCCAUCAACCAAGUCCUGGUUGAAGGGUUGCUUCUUGAUGCUCGCUUCCAAUACCUUAUGGGGCAUCUGGAUCGUCUUUCAGGCAUUCGUAUUGAAAAGCUACCCUUCGAAGCUUAUGUUGACAAAUCUUCAGUGUCUUCUGAGCUCAUUUCAAUCAUUUGCUAUUGCGAUUGCUUUCGAGAGAGACCCUCAGGAAUGGAAACUUGGCUGGAAUGUUAGGCUUCUCGCAGUGGCAUAUUGUGGUAUUGUGGUGACUGCUGUUACGUAUUGCCUUCAAGCAUGGGUUAUUGAGAAGAAAGGACCAGUUUUUCUAGCCAUGUCCACACCCUUUGCUCUUAUCAUUACAAUCAUUCUUUCUGCGAUCCUUCUUGGCGAGAGUGUCACUCUCGGAAGGUAACUUCACAACUAUUUAACGGUAUCUUUUAAGAGAUUU